CUGGAACAAACCGCCGGACUUUUACUUGCCUCUUGAAGGCAGCAAUGGAGACCAAGGAGCAGAUAUGAGACCGGAAAUGAUUCUAUAGCCUGGCUGGGGGCAGUGGCCAAAAGCCUCUCUUAAGUGUUGGCAUGCAGAACAGCUGCUCUGACAAGACCUUAAUGGAUGGGUAGGAUCAUUUAGGAGCAGGCUUCCUAGGCCUCAAACCAUUAAGGGCCUUAAAAAGUUAUAACCCAGCACCUUGAAUUGGACCCAGAAGCAAAUUGGCAGCCAGUGAAGCUCUUCUAAGAUAGGUGCAAUAUGAGCCCCAGAGAGCAGCACCAGACAUAACUCUGGCCACAGAGGGGAAAAGCAAAGGGAGGCUCAAGUAGCAAAGAAAGAGGUUUGAGUUCAGUUAGUUGGAGGAAAAGGCUCCCGUGACAGUGUUUUAGUUCUCUUGGAAGUUUGGAUAAACAUCUGCCACAGAUGGCUGGACUCAAUGGUUGGUCUUGUUUGACGAUUCUACUUCUUAUGGCCCUUUCUAGUCACAUUCUGUUUGAGAAUGUAGGCAUCCUGUGGCACUUGCAAGGGAGAAGACAAAGAUGUACUGCUGAGUUGGGGCAGCUCCAGAGAAAGGCAUGCUUUGGCGCUUGGCAGAGGGCUCACUGCUCCAACAGCACUGCUGUCCACAGGCAGUGUAAGAGGGUUUUUGGUAGGAGCAGCCUGCCUCUUCCAUUAGGGGUGGCUGUCCAAGCACCCUCGAGAUACUAGAACCAGCAUUGCCCUGAGUUAUGCAUAGAAGCAUCAGAUUAUAGUUUCAGAAAGAAAGGACACAACGGAGUUCUCUUUUGUUCUGCAAAACUGUAGUAGGCUUGUGAAAUAAGGGGUAUCUCUGAAAUGCAGUGACCUUCCAGUUACAAAAUAUGUUGCAACUUCUGCUGAACUGAACAGCAUAGUGUGAAUAAAAUGUUUGCCUGGCUUGAAAUGCCCGCUCUGUUGUCCUUACAGCCGUCUUUGUUGGUGGUUGUUUUUGUUCCUGUGUAAAAUACACUCUAGCUAUCUAGUCACACCCACACCCGCAUCAAUCUCCCCCUGCCCUAUCAAUAGCUUUAAACCUUUCCUGGAACCUGCAGCAGGAGAGAGAGCUGGGUCCGGUAGGGAGAGGAGGUUUCCCGUCAGUCAGGAAGCACCAGCUGCCUUGUUUGCUUGCAGUCUUCAGUGCACUGAAGCAAGUGAGAAGUUCAUGAGAGAACUGUUUCCUGGAGUGGUGAGGGGGUGUGCUUCCCCACCCGCAACAAGGCAGGGGCUAGACGCUCCUUAUCCCCGGAAGCCAAGCUUGUGCCGACUGCCCCCCCCCGCCACCAAAGCCUUAUCUCCUCGGCAACAUGUGGUGACAGCUGGGGCUCUUUGGAGAAUGCUGAGCCAGUCGAAAGGAACUUUGUUGUACUCUGCUGGUGCUCAGAACAUAGCCCUGUGGAGAGGUGUAUGAAAAGCACCUGCAGAUUUGAAUACUGCGACUGGUUCAGCAUUCCUGCUUCACUGGUUGUGGGAGUUUAAAAAAAAAAAAAGGCCAGAUCAGGCAGUCUGAUCUCAGAGUGUUAUAAAUCUAGUGUGCUGACACUGAAGCCGUUUCAACUAGAGAUGGACUCACUUUUCAAGCUGUGUAUGAAAACUGAGAAAUGAGCUACUGAGAAAUGAAGACACGAGUGAACCAGUAAGGACGAACUCGUGGAGCUGGGGAUCCAAGAUGUCCCACACGGUGACCUUCACCUUUCAUGAACCAGAGGACAGGCAGGCUGUCAGCCAGGACACAAGUCCAUACGAUGAAGGAGCCGUGCAUGAUUCCUUCCGUGAGCUAAUCCAGGAGCAGAGCUGGUUGGCUGAACAUGAGCAAGUGGAGAUGCACGAUCUGACUUCCAGAGGCUCAGAUAAUCUGGCCUGUAGGAUUUCUUCUGACUUCCAGACCAAUGCUUGGGAAGCACCAGAGCAGACUGGGGAACAUCCGGAUUUCUCCUCGGCCACACUAAGAAUCCUCGCUAGUAUGCCCAGCCGUACUAUUGGCCGCAGCAGAGGAGCCAUCCUUGCCCAGUAUUGUAAUCGCACUGCCAGACUGCGCCGUAGGAGCCACCGUGGCCCACUUCAAGAAGUGUCCCGCUCUGCACGACCUAGCCUCCGGCAGCUUGGUCUGGAGUUGGAUUCUGAUCAUGAGGAAGAGGAUGCCAAGCGCAACCUGCUGGUGCAAGAACUCCGGAACCUGCCAGCAGGUCAGCGUAUUAACAUGCUGCGAACCAUGCCUCUGAGCCUGGCUGAGAAGUGCAAACUCAGGCAGGAGUCAAGCGGGCACUCGGGCACCUUGAGGAAACCCAAGACGACAGCUCCUUUGUCACCUUGCAGCCGGCUUAAAUACUAUAUCAUCCUAGGGUUCCGGAAUCUCUGGUACAGCCUGUUGUCACUCCUUCAUGCCCUUCAGCCCUGGCAUUACUCCCUCAAGCAGAUCAGCGGUCGUUUUGGGUCCAGCAUCCUCUCCUAUUUCUUGUUCCUCAAGACCUUGCUCAUGUUCAAUCUCUUCUUGUUCCUGAUCUUGCUGGUCUUUGUGGUUGCCAUGCAAGCUGCUCACCCUCCUGCCACACUCAACAACAGAACCUUCACAGGGCUUGAGCCCCUCACUGGAGCGGGCUACUUCACUCACACACUGAUGUAUUAUGGCUUCUACAGUAACUUCACACUGAAUGACCCUUGUUCUUCCAGUUCUAACCGCUCUCACUGCAAGCAGCCCGGGCAUGUCCGUCUGCCAUACAAUAUGCCACUAGCAUAUGUGUUUGUCAUUGGGGUCGCCUUCUUUGUGACAUGCAUUCUAUUGGUGUACAGCAUGUCUCACUCCUUUGGGGAGAGCUAUCGUGUGGGCAGUGCCUCUGGGGACCUGGCAGUUAAAGUCUUCUGUGCCUGGGACUACAAAGUGAUUCAGAAACGGUCUGUCCGACUUCAGAGUGAAAACAUCUGCACUCAGUUGAAGGAGUGCCUAGCUGAGCGAUGGUCCAGAUCACACCCAUUAAAACUGUGGAAGAGACUACAGAAGCUGGCAAUUCUGUUGCUGGCCUGGACUCUGUCCCUGAUCACUGUUCUGGGUUGUGUUAUUGCGGUCUACUGCUUCUCCGAAUACAUUCACCAGGUUUACCAUGAUAGACUUGCAACAAGCAACCCAACUGGGAAAGAAGCCCUGCUCCUUGCUCUACCUCUGCUGGUGUCUCUGAUUAACUUGCUAAUGCCAUACCUGUACAAUUUAUUGGCGCUUUGGGAGAAACAGGAGUCUCCAGUCCUGGAGGUGUACGUAGCUAUCUGCAGGAACUUAAUUUUGAAGAUGGUUAUUUUAGGCCUGCUGUGUUAUCACUGGCUGAGUCGAAAAGUGACCUCUUCAGAGAUCCAGUGCUGGGAGACCUUUGUAGGGCAAGAGCUGUACCGCUUGGUGGUAAUGGACUUCAUUUUCACCCUCUUGGACACCUUCUUUGGAGAGCUGAUUUGGAGGAUUAUUUUGGAGAAAAAGAAGAAGCGGAGACCUGAGUUUGACAUCGCUAGAAAUGUGCUGGAGCUGAUUUAUGGACAAACCCUGAUCUGGCUAGGAGUCAUCUUUGCACCACUCCUCCCAGUUGUCCAAAUCCUCAAGUUACUACUGCUGUUCUAUAUUAAAAAGACCAGCUUGAUGAGAAAUUGCCAGUCUCCCAGUAAACCCUGGCGUGCAUCUCACAUGAGUACCAUCUUCAUCACCUUGCUGUGCUUCCCUUCAUUCCUGGGUGCCUCCAUAUUUCUCUCCUACACCAUCUGGUCAGUGAAACCAUCAAAGAUAUGUGGGCCCUUCCAAACUCUUGAUACUAUCUAUGAUUCUGGGAAGAUGUGGGUUCUGCAGCUGGAGCAAUCCAACCCAAACCUCACCUGGUUUACCUGGAUCCACCAACACCUGAUCCAAAACACCUUCUUCCUGUUUUUCAUCUCUGGAAUUUUGCUAGCUGUGAUCUACCUCAACAUCCAGGUGGUGAAGGGUCAGCGGAGAAUCAUUUCCCUACUGAAGGAGCAGAUUGUCAAUGAAGGAGAAGACAAGACGUUUCUCAUCCAGAAGCUUCAUGUUAUAUAUGGGAAAUGAGGAUGCAGCCUUUGAAGGGUGAAGUGAGCCUGGCAGUUUAAUGUGCAAGGUGAACCUUGUUCUCUGCUUGAAGUGCUUCUUGGAAGAUGGAGAACAAAUGUUGGGCCCUCUAGGACUGCCCUGUGGAACAGCCCCCUGCUGCUGAAAGUGGCAGCUUCCUGCUGUCUGCCUUCAAGCUGCUCCCUGUUUUGAAGUUUCACAGGAAUUUCAUCCAUGUUUGGUCCAAGAAUGUAUUUUCUUACCAUUUGUUGGCAAUUGCUGCUUCCAGAGACAAGCAAAUGGAAAUUGUCUGUGAGCUGGAUCGUAGGAUUCCUAAACUACUUGAAUGAUACCGAAGCUGAUGAUUUGUGAGAGACAAAUCAAACUGUAUGAACAUAUAAGAGCUGAAAUGGCUCUUGCCACUGGGCUUUCCCCAGUAUACAUGCAGGAUUAUGGAAGCUCAGUGUGAAAAUCAUAAGAGGUGUGUACACACAGGGCAUACAAGCGAUGAAUAAUGAGAAAUCAACAGGAUGGUUUUCUCAGAAAGGACAACAUAGUUUGAUGCUACUGAAAGCAAUCUCUUCUGGAAAACUCUCCACCAGGAGUGGCCCAUUUUGGGUGCCUGAGGUGAGGCCAUCUUGCCUCCCACCAUGCUCAGCCUCACUCCCCUGCAAAGUUUUAAGGAGGGGCAGAUGGAGAAGAGGAGACUGCUUGUUGGCAGUCUCUUCUUGCCAUCCCACACUCCUCUUUCAAAGUCUGAAAGGGUUGGAUUGGGAGCUCCCAGUCUGCCUCUUGCAAGCUUUGAAUGCAGCCAUGGGGUGAGGAGGGGACAUCGCUAGCAGUCUCCUAUCUUUGCCCCACAUUAGGGAUGUGCACAGAACCAGUUCGGCAUUCCUUUUCUGGAGUGCUGGACUGGUUCGAAAUUCCGGCAUUCAAGCAACAUAGUUGCACCUUAACACUAAGCAACAUACACCAUUCCAGAUAGUCCUUAGUUGCUACCUUCAUGUUUUCUUGUGUGUAGAAUAUAAUCGGAGCAAGCUACUCUUCCCUGUGGGACUAAGUGCUACAUUGUGGAAACCCUAAUCCUUGCAUCACCUCUCGUCAUCCGUCUCAGUAGUUGCAUUCCUCAUUUUCCUUAUGGGCCCUAUUUUCAGCCAUGCAAUCCAGUACUAUUUUUAUAAUGGAAACCAUAGGAUUUAAGCCUGUUUGGAAGCUGCAUCCUCUGCCUUUCUUAAUGCAGAUUUUGGUCCCAGUCAUUGGCCUUACCUGAGAUGAUGACUCUGACAUUUUCUUUGUCUUAAACACAACUGUUUUAUUAACAACUCAGCUAAAUAAUGUGUAUCUUUUUGUUGCAUUUACUGAGCUUGGACAGAUGGUCUCAAAAAGCUGCUUGUUUCUAUUCCACUUUCCUAUGUGUCAUAGUAAAAAAAAUACUCACACAGUCACACUAUAACUGUUAACUCAUUGCUAUCCUUUUUAUUCUUGGUGCAAUUACCUAAUGAUUUCCCUUACUACAUAAAAUAACUCACUCUCUAAUGUUUCAACAGCACUGCUUUAUAAUCCCAGAUUUGUGUGGGCUGGUGGUUGUAACUCAGUAGUAAGAAAAAUGUGCAUGCUUAGAGGUAUUCCCCCUUGUUUCUUUUUGACUAGUCCAGACUUGUAGGGACAAUGUCAGGAGAGCUACAGCUCAGAAUGAGUGGAGGCUGGUGAGAGAUGCUAAGAGCAACAAAACAUUUCCAGCUAUGUUCAGCAGAAGAGGAAGAAAACUGUAGGCCCACUGCUCAGUAAGGAUGGUGAAAUGUUAAAGGGCGACAGAGAGAAGAUGAAACUGUUCAAUUCCAGAAGGGAAGUGUGCAACCUUGUGAAAAUAGCAUGGAUAGUAAGGGGUUAGGAUUGAUCAGUUAGGAAAUGUUUAUUUACCUUAAAAUGAGUUCAAGUCCUCAUCCUGGGGAACUAAAGAAAUUUGCUGAUGUACUUUCAGAAUUGGUGUAUCAUCUUGGAGAAAUCCUUCAGAUGUUGUCCCAAUCUGCAGAAAGGAGGCUCUAAGAAACUAUAAACUGGUCAGUCUGACUUUGAUAACAGGGAAGAUACUAGAACAGAUUAUAAAGCAGUCAGUGAGGCUCUACAAACAAACGAUCAAGUUGCUCGUUGCUGGGCAGCUGGAUCGGCCGCCCAGAUGAGUGGCUGCUUCGGUCGGGCACUCACUCCCGCGCCUGGCCGUGGCUCCCUCGGGCCCUGGGAAGCAUUGCGGCUCCCCAAUGCACAGCUCCCCGGUGCACGGUGUCUUCCUGGGCUCCCCGCCUCUCUCCCCCCACCCCUGAGUGUGUCAGCCACAGCUGCAAGCGAAUGAUCAAUCAUACAAGGUUGACAGAGUGCUCGCUCCGUUAAUCUCAUUUAAGGGGAGGGUUUUUUAGGCAGGCUAGCUGCUGUGGAACCACUGGGCUCGCCUGGUAGUUCUCACAAGCGGGGGGUGGGGACCGGGCUGGGCUGCUUUAGCCCGUUUUCCUCCCAUUGUGAGAAUAACCACUCGAUAUAAGCAUCUCUUGAUGAUGAUGCAAUAACUAGUAUAAGCUAGAUUUGGAUUGUCAAGAUCGUCUUUUUUUCUAAAUCGGGUUACUAGCUUAGUAGACUGUGGGAAUGUUGUGGAUGUCAUUUAUCAUGAUUUCAGCAAAAUUCCCCAUGAUCGUUUAGUUAGCAAACUGGUCAAAUGUGAACUAGAUAAUACCAUCACAUCGGGUGGUGUAGCGGAUUAAAGCCUUUGUCUCAGAGCAAGCUCACAUGAGGGAAAGAAAUGCUGAAUCAUCCCUGCUGAGCUGCCUGGCUAGGCAUCUCCUAAAACUAUUCUGUAUUAUUUGUAGGUUCAAAAUGCUGGAAAACCAUAUUCAAAAGUUUGCUUAUCCAUGGCUUUUCAUCCAACUAGAGGAAGGCUUUGAGUGUGGUGUUUCAGGGUUUUGUCCUGGGCUGGUACUCUAACAUUUUUAUCAAUGACACUAGGUGAACAAGUGAAGGGAAUUCUCAUUGUGUGUUGAGCAGACAAAGAUGGGAGAGAUAACGAAGACCCCAGAAGACAGGAAUAACAUUCAGAGAAAUGUUGGCAGAAUGGGAAACUGGACUGAAGCUAGCAAAAUGCAUUUAACAGAAGCACAAGCAAGGUUCCUCACCUAGACAAGAAAAAUCAAAUGCAUAGGUAUAGGAUUUGACAGUAGUAUAUGUGAAAACACUCUUCCGAAUUGCAGUUGCCCACAAGCUGAACAUGAGUCAAUAGUAUGAUACAGCUGCAAAAAAGGCUAAUGCAAUUUAAGGUUAUACUGUAUUAAUAGAACAAUAGUUUCCAAGGCAUGAGAAUGAUAGUACUUUAUUCUGUGCUAGUCAGACUAUCUGGAGUAGUGUCCAGUUCUGGGCACUGUGCUUUAGGGAGGAUUUAGACAAAUUAGAACAGAUUCAGAGGAGAGCAGCUAGUAUGAUCAAGGAUUUGGAAAACAAGCUCUGUGAGGAAAGGUUAAAGAAACUGUUGGGUGAUAUGAUAGCAUUCUUCAAAUAUCUGAAGGGUUGUCACAUAGAAGAGAACAAAGAUUUGUCCUUUGCUACACUAGAGGGCAUAUAAUGGGUCUAACAAGGGUAGAUUUUGGCUUAAAAGUAAGAGUGAUUGUAAGAGCAAUGAAAUUAUCUAGGGAGGGGAUUUUCAGGCAAAGACUGGAUAGCCAUCUGUUGAUGCUUUUGCUAGAUUUCUUGUAUCAAACAUAGGGAUUAAACUAGAUAGCUUACAAUGUUCUCUCCAGUGGUAUGAUACUAUGAAAUUUUUUAAUUUUGAUAGAUUGGUCAGAUUACUGCAGGCCAAAGAGAGAGGAGGUCUCCCUUAUUACCCUUCAAAAAGUAAAUGUGGAUCUCCACAAAAGAUUUGUGUGCUAAAGCCCUGGAAUGAGUGGAGAAUGUUGACAUUUGUCAUGUCAACAUGUUUUUGUGCAGUAUAUCUUUAAGCUACGAUAAUAAACAGACUCAGUUCCACUUUCUGGCUGAAGGCUUUCUUCAAGUGCUGUGAAUAUUUUUGUCCCAGCUUACGAGUAUUACUUGCUCUGCCAGAGCUAGAAGCCAGCUCUGUCACUAUGUCCACCAGAAGAAAGGCUGCCUGGCUUGCUAUAGCAGCAGCAGUAACCAUUUGCCCAACAUGGAAGUAAGCAGUUCCAGCAGUCUGAGAUUCAGAAAGUUGCCUUUCCCUUUUAAGCAUGCUUAACCACUCAAACCUUGCCAAUAACACUAUUGUCCAAAAAACAAACAAACAUUUUGAGCUUUGUUACCCACUGAAAUUUAACUUUUAACCACUGAUUUUGGACUGAUUUGUAUUCAUGCAUAACACGUUAAUCACAUGUAAUGAGAGCCAGCUUAGAGAUAAAAUUCAAACUGGCCCAUUAUUUCUUUAAACCCUUUUUAAAAUUGUGCACACAAAAUAGAAAUGUGUUUAAUUUUUUGAAAAGGGGAGUUUAAAAAUCUCUCUUGUCCUCACAAUAGCCCUAUGAAGUUAAGUUGAGAAAGUGAGAAGAUUGUCUUACAGUGGCAUAUGACUCAGUGGAACCUGUUUUAGAUUUUACAAUUAUGAUCAGCCUUACUCUGUUUCUUCCUUCCCGUGCUGUCCUUUCUGAAGUGUUGGUGAUAGUUCACAACAGCAGAAAUAGUGUUUUGAGAACUGGAUUAUCUCCAUAAUUACUGCUGGGAAUGGUAAUGUCAUAAUCUCCAGCAUUUCACAGAUGAAAUAGAAACAAGCUUGUCAUGCUUUUCUUCCUCCUAAACAAAGGUUUAGUGCCAGAUUUCCCCUCCUGGAUCCAUACACAUUGCUGAAGGCUGAUAUGUAUCAUCCUCCCACAGAGAAGGAAUGGCGGCUUUGUUCUUUGCUGUUCUUGAGGGCAGGACUUCAACCAAGGUGUUGAAAUGUAAUACCUGUGGAACAGUCUGUCUUGUGCCAUGGAGGGCUCUCCUUCACUAGGGGCUGGACAGCCAUCUGCUAGGGAUGCUAUAGCAUUAUGCAGGGUGUUGGAAAAAACUCAAAGAUUAUAUGGUCCCAUAAACAUGUGACAGGGCCGCCUCACUAGUGGCACCUCCACCCCACAGAAACUCCCCACAAUUCAAAAUGCCUAGGGGGUCAUUAAGGUCUUAGUUCAGAAUAAAUCCCUGGUGAAAUAAUAGUUUUAGUUUGUGUGUAUAUCUGUUUCUAUGAUUUUAUUACUGGAUGCGGUUGUUGUAUUGUUUUGAUGUUUAAGUGUUGACUGCUUUGAUAGUCCAAAAUGGGAUGAAAAGUGGUCUAUAAAUGCCAAAAAUAAAUACAUAAAGAUGGAUAA